AUGGCCUCUCCUCAGAAUUCUCAGGUGAUCCUCCAUCAGCUGGGGAAGUUGACUGAAGCCAAGCAGCUGCAAGGCGAGUUGGUGCCCCUCCUGGAGCAACGUUUUGGGUCGACGGCGCCGUCGACCAGGAAAGCAGUGGAGUUCUUGACUUUGCUCGAGAAGGAGUCAUUUGGCAAAAAGCGAAAGAAUGCCAGCCCUCACAGACAGUCCGCUUUUUGGCACGUGGAAAGGGCCAAAGCAAUGGCUGGUGCUUGA